ACAAGUCGGUCGCGAUGUGCGGUAUGGUGUCGACGUCCCUAGGACUGCGCGUACUGUUGUGUGUACUUACUGUGGUUCUUGCCAACGAGGCACGGGUAGCCGGUGUGCCGUUUAAUGAUUCUGCGCCGGAAGCAAGUACCGGAUCGCGGGAUGCACGAUUUCUGGAAUUCGGCGAGGGUCUCGGUAGUGAAGAGUUUAGUCUCUAUCCUGUGCAGUGGAACGAUGAUGGAGUGACAACUGCACGGUACGAUGACGGUGGUGAGCUAGUGCGGUUAGUGGAAGGUGGUUCGGAUUUGAAUCCAGAUCCUUACGAAGUGAUAGCGGUGAAACCUUACGGUUCUGGGCGAUUUGGAACCACUACAAUCAAGUAUACAGAUGCAAAUGGUUACCAGAAGUUGACUAGCGGUGACGUCACGCGCACACCGUUGGACGCUGCUUACCACUUCGCUUCUAACAGUGAACUGGGUGACACGACCAGCUUCUACCCGUCCGCAGCGGCCCUCCAAUCGCAAGAUGAACCGGUAGUGAUGGCAACGGCACCGUCUAUGUCACGUGUUUCAGAGUUUGUUCGUGGUAUGCUGCAGCGGUUUGGCGUGUACCAGUACAUUGAGGCGUACCAGAGUAAGGGCAGUAGCAGCAGUAGUAGUGGCAGUAGCAGUGGAAGUACCACCACUGGAACAUCCGGCAUAUCAUCGCACUUGCAACGUAUCAUACCACACCGUUUUCGGCCCCAUUUCGUCAGCACGGCCAAGGGUCUGCGCAACAUUCCGGCACAGCUCAACGACGGACAGUUGCAACCGGCCCCGGAAGAUGUACCAGAUGGAAUAGACCAACCACUAACGUCCGGUGGAUCCGCGGGACAGAACACCGGAAGCAGUAGUAGUAGUAGCAGCAGUGGGAAUGGCGCAGGUAAAAUCCCCGGAACGGCCGGCAGUAGCUCCGGUACGAUCAGCUCCCUGUUUAACACCUUCAAGCGGAAGGUCAAAGCCAUCUAUCCAGGGACCGUGUGGUGCGGUGACGGCAACCAGGCAAAGAGUGAGAACGACAUUGGGUUCUUCUAUUUGACCGACAGCUGCUGUCGCGCGCACGAUCUCUGUCCCAUCACCAUUGCAGCAGGGGAACAGUUUAACCGGCUGAAAAACAAUGGAUACUUUACACGAUCGCACUGUGACUGUGAUAAACAAUUUUUUAACUGUCUGAAGAACGCCAACACCCUCGUCUCGCGCCAGAUCGGCUACACGUACUUCAAUCUGCUGAAACCACAAUGCUUCCGCUUCGAGCAUCCCAAGCUGAACUGCACCAAAAGAAGUAAAGGCAAGUGCUUAUCCUACGUCGUGGACGAAAAGCAGAGCAAGCAGUGGCAGUGGUUCGAUAAUCUCAUCUUUUAGUCCCCGUUUGUGCAUGCGGAAUGCA